GAGAGAGAGAGAGAGAGAAGAAACGACAGGCAGACAGACAGGUUGCUUGCUUCCUCUUCCUAAUUUUCACUGACCUGCACUAAAUGGGAAUAUAAUUGAGAAAGAUGGCGAAGUACAGCUGAGUUACCAAGCACUUUAAUUUCAUUCCCCGUGUCCCUCAGUAAUACCAGUACUCCGGAAAAGUGAAUGGGGACCGUCGCGUCCUAACUAUACUGACGAGAAAAUCCCAAAGAGUCGAAGCGAUUGGCGAGAGAGCGCCGGGAAGGAAGGCGGGGGGAGCGAGCGGAUAGGCGAUUUUGCGACUGCUACCCAAGCAAGCACCAGCCUUCACUAGCCAGGGUGCGUUGGCGGGAGGCGCGCCCUCUCCCUUGCUCGUUCUCUUUAAUUCAGCUCCUCCCCCCGUGGUUGUGGCUUUCCCUUCCAUCAAAAGCCCGAUCAGGAACGCCAGUCUUUUGGUGGGGGGGCGGGAAUCCGAAAGAGAAAAAAGAAAAAGAAAGAAAGAAAGAAAGAAAGAAAGAAAGAAAGAAAGAAAGAAAGCACCGCUUUCCCUUUUUCUAUCAGCUUCAAAUACGGCAGAGUCGGAAACUUCUGUGGAGUUAUUGGCAUCUUUUAUUAUUAAAAAAAUAAUAAUUCAAAUCAAUUAAAACAUCUGCAGCGUCCCCCUUUCGGUUUGCGCUCUGUUUUUUUGUUCAUUUCCCCUUUUCCUCAAAUCCGCGUUGCUUUUAUUUUGUUUUGUUUUAUUUUUUUUGUUUUCCCCCAACCGCUUCCUGGGAAAUGGGAAAAGUUACUAGCCUGUACCCAGGGUGGCAUUUCGCUUUGCUCGCCGCUCGGACCUGGCUUUUGAUCCUUACUUUUGGCUUUAUCGGAGCAGACAUCACUUGCCGAUCGUGCCGCUGGCAGGUGCAGCUACAGCCGCAGCCACCAGCCCGAGGAUUAUUAAUGAACUUGAGGACGGCACGAGGAGGCGAUGGGGCCGGAGAGAUACCUGUGGAUAAAAGAGGUGAGAAGCCCGCGGAUCGCAGGCAAGAGAGGGCGGAUGCCGGCAGUCCGAUCUCGGCGGCUUCUGCCGGGGAGAAACAUGCCGGGAUGGGAUCAAAGGGUUGGAUGGGACCGAGCAAAGUGACCGGCGAGCUGCCAGAAUUUCCCCCGAUCCGACCCAGACUAUCUCCUCCGGAUGUUGACAGGCCCACCCGCAAAAAGUUAGCCUCGGCUCCCGCUCUGUUUCCAGCGGGGAGCGGAGGGCGUCGGGGGGCCAGUUCGGAGGCCGGCCGGAGGUCCGGAUCGGCGCUCCUGAGCCGGCGGAGAAAAAAUAACCGGAACGAUCGGAGGAGGAGGUCGAGUCGGAAACCCAGAGGAGCUCCGGCUGAAAGAGACGCGCCGUUGGAGAGCAGGGCGCGGGCAGCGCCGGAGCAGCUGCUGGCAAAAGCCACGCGCUUCCGACAGGAAGAACUCAAAUUGACAAGCACGACCUUUGCUCUCACUGGAGAUUCGGCGCAUAACCAAGCCAUGGUGCACUGGUCGGGCCACAACAGCAGUUUUGCAGUAAUCUCUCCAACAGUUAUGCAGUCUUCAAUUAAAUCCCAAGAAAAGAUGUCAUGAUAGAAUGUCUGCUUGGAGGUCUUUUCAGUUUAGGAAGCCUGGGCAAUCAGAGAAGCUGCAGAAUGAUGGAGGGAAGUGUUAACAUCAACAACCUUCUCUACCUUUCAGUAAUAAUGUGAACUCAAAUUGCCAGCCAAAGGAAAUUCUAAAAAUAUUCUAAAGUACCCUGAGAAUAAGCAAUUAAAACUGAAGCUUGUUUUGCAAAAGAACAUUUGGAAGCUGGAUAAUGAAAUUUUAGCACUGUACUUCUCUUCUGCAAUGGCUGAUAAGAACAGCAAUGCUAAAUAUUUUUUCGUUUGAGGUUGACUCCUGGUGACUACAUGGACCGUGCAAAUCAUUCCAUGAGAGAAUCUGACACGACCAGAUAACCUUUUGAAAACUUUGAAGCAGGUGCAUCGAGUCUGUGAGCAAUUACUCUGCCGUUAUGAGGAGUCAUCCAGAUGGACUUUUUAAAAAAAAAUUGCCAGCAAAACACCUUGGUGAACAAUUUGCACAAAUCUGAUGAAGAGAAAAUGAUGGAAGAUAGCUUGAAACUUGGGGCACACCUCUGGUUCCCCUCAUUGCCCCCUACACAUUUGUAUGACAUGGCUGUCAUGAUGUUACUUUCAUUUCAACCUUCUCAUAGUUGUCUUUAGGAGUUACAGUUUUAACUGUAGCAUGUUUUAGCAUGUUUUUGUGACAUGCUCCAUCAAUGACGGAGCAAUGUGGUUGCUUACACAGUCAGGGAUGGGAUCUAGAAUAAGUACUUCAUAUUACUAUGAAUUCAUUUUAUUCCAUGGGACUUGCCCUUCAAUUUAGCUUGGGUUUCAAGAGAGACUGGACACCUGGUUUAUAAUAAGGCAUCUGCCCAGACAAUGCCUGAUACUUUCUGAAGCACACGCCAGAUCCUAUGUGGAUUUAUAAACAAGGCUAUAUUCUGCUGUCUGUGUAAGGCUGGUUCUGUCACCAUCUUGGAUAUGCUACAGGUUUUCAGUCCUCCAAGAUAGGACUUCCCAUGACAAUAAUUUUAUUGGUUUAUUAUUCUGGCACAAUUUUGCCUGUUUUUCUACGGUUUCAUGACUGCCCAUAGGCUACUUUCAGGUCCUGCCAGUCAUAGGGAUAGAACAGGACUCCCUGCUAGCAAUGCUAUUAUCUUGCAGCAUUAGUUUAAGAUGGAACAGACCUGCUACCAAUCAUUCUCUCCCAUUUUACUGUACAACUUUUCUUUAUGCUUGCAACCACUCUUUCUGAAGAUAACUAGACUGACACAUCACGGGCACUAAACUCCUCCAUGUCUGUAACUUAUUACUUAGGUAAUUUGAUACAUGACUAAAUCUAAUGUUUCAGUCACCUGCCUACACUCAUCUAACCUCAUCCUACCCAUAUUUGAGAAUGAUUGAUAGUGGUUCUCCUGCUGAUAGAUACCAGUAAUUCUUUGUGGGAAGAAAUAAAACCAGAGAAAGCCACCGAUCACUUUCCUUAAAUUGUUGCACCUUAAAAUAGUAAGGAAUUCAUUAAUCACCAGUCUCGUUAGUGAGCAAUCAUGGAAGUAGUUUUAUUGUAGUUUGCUUUUUGGCCAUCUCUAAGACUAGCCAUAUGGCUUGCCCUUAGCCUGUGGUAAAAUACAGAUAAAGUAUGAAACUUUAUGUUAUUUGAUAGUAAGCGUUCUGCUGUUCUUUCACAUAGAUCAGUGCAAAGUGGCAGAAAGUUGUAAUUGACAAGAUUUUAUGGGAACCCUCCAAAUUCUGUUCACUACCCUGUAGAUAAAAGUGGCAACUUUUUCUGGGCCUGAAUUUCAGGACCUAGGAUAUUCAAGCUCCUUUCUUUUUGUGAUGUAAAUUGGUAAAUUUCUCUUCUUAAGACAUCUGCACGGAGCAUGAUUUGCAAUAUUAAGGAUGAAUAAUGGUAACUGACUGUUUAUUUCCAUAUCACUGGGGUCUUUUUUAUAUACUUCAUUUGUAUUGUGUUUAUUAUUGCAAUUCACCGAGAGAAACUGAAAAUUGAAAGGAAGGGGAAACUGGAGCGUUGCUCUAUCCCAUCAUAAUAAAUUUCAAAUCUAAUCCCAUAAUUAAACUUUAUUAUUUUGUAAUUAAAUUUACAUUGAUUGAUGCAGUGUGUUUGAGACUUUUUUUUUUAAAAAAGUGAGAAGUUAUAAUCAUGUUCCAGAACUCACAUGUUGUGCAAUUAUAAUUGUUUAUAGAACAGUAUCA